AUUUUACACUAAUAAUAAAUUGCAAAAUUAAAAUUGUUUUAUUUUUCAAUUGAAAUCAUUUUAUAUUUACUUAUAUGUCGAAUUAUUCAAUUUUUAAAUAUAAUAUAUAAUAAGUUUCUGUGAGCAGUGAUGAUUAAAAAAGGAUUAGCAGGCUUUUUUGGCUGAUGACUCAACAAUUUUUCCCAAAGGAUCCACAAUCCACAUCCUUUUGAAGAUGCGUAUUCCUUGAAAUUUUAUUUAUUUUAAAGUAGUGAUUGGUAAUAAUGCUGGUAGCUGGAUUGCGAAUAGUGCGUGGACCUGAUUGGAGUUGGAACAACCAAGAUGGUGGUGAAGGUCAUGUUGGCACAGUUUGCGAAAUUGGAAAACCUGGCACGGUUACUGGAUCCCCAGAUAAAACUGCUGUUGUGCAAUGGGAUAAUGGAACCAGAACCAACUACAGAAUAGGCUAUGUGGGGAAAUACGACCUCAGGGUUAUUGAUAACGCACAAAUUGGUGUUAAACAUCCAAACAUAGUAUGCGACGGUUGCACAAAUCAAGGAAUCAGCGGCAUGAGAUAUAAAUGUAUGACCUGUCAUGACUAUGAUCUGUGUUAUAUGUGUUAUCACAGCGACACUCAUGAUCUGACUCAUCCCUUCAGGAGAUUCGAUUUGGCUUCAGCUUUAGGGGUCGAUUUGCCACCUAGGCAAAAUCAAAGAAAAGCUACUCUCACUGGUAUAUUUAUAGAUGCUAAAGUUGUUAGAGGCUACAAUUGGGAAUGGGGUAAUCAGGAUGGUGGAGAAGGUAAAAUAGGCAAAGUGGUAGAUAUUCGGGGUUGGGACAACGAAAGCAGCAGAUCGGUAGCGAACGUCCAUUGGUUUUCCGGUUCGACGAACGUUUAUCGACUGGGCCACAAAGGUAUUUGUGAUAUCAAGUUUGUGGAACCGUCUUCCGGCGGUAGUUAUUAUCCUGAACAUCUUCCAAUUCUUGGUCAAACUGUGAAGUUACCGCCACCCAGGCCCGUACUCAGGCCGGUACGUUCUGGCCCAUCACCGUUUGGUAUUGGAGAUAAAGUUCAGGUGGUGUCCGUUAGUGAGGAUGAACUGAGAAGCAUGCAACAGGAUCACGGCGGAUGGAAUCCUAAAAUGGCUGAAGUAUAUGAAAAAUUUCCAACAUUCCAGUACAUCGAAAAAGUCGGUACAGUACACCGAGUGACUGACAAAGGCGACAUCAGAGUCCAAUACGAAGGAUGCGACAAUCGAUGGACGUUCAAUCCUGCUACGUUGCGGAAAGUCAACAGUUUUGCUGUUGGAGAUGUAGUCACUUUAAUAACGGACAUGGAAAUGGUGAAGGAAUUGCAAGUAGGGCACGGAGAGUGGAUCGAGUUUAUGAAACAUUCCUUAGGGAAACUGGGCAAAGUUUUAAAAGUUUAUUCAGACGGCGACCUGAGAGUGCAAUUGGACGGUCACGCUUGGACUCUGAAUCCCCAGUGCGUCAAGACCGUGCCUGGUAGUGCAGCUGAACUCGCUAACACGAUGCACGCUAAUCAGAAUCAACGACAAGAACCCUCAAUCCAAUGGCAUCCAGCAGUUCACAAUCAAGCUAACGGAGAUGCGCAAGCUAACGUAUCGGUUGAUUCACUGGUCCGCGCAGCCGCUCAGGGAAACUUGGAGACGGUUAGUCGUCUCAUAGAAGCAGCUCCGCGCAACGUUAAUGCACGAAGCAACGGCAAAACGGCGUUACAAGUGGCCGCGCACCAAGGACACGCGUCUGUUGUUAAAUAUCUAUUACGGGCAGGCGCCUCUGUUAACGCCAGCGACACUGACGGAGAUACUUGUCUACAUUAUGCUGCGUUUGGUAAUCAACCUGAGGUGCUAGAUUUAUUAAUCAAAUCUGGUGCAGAAUUAAACAGUGGGAAUCGUAGCGGCUGUACGGCCUUACACGUGGCCGCUCAUAAGCAUCCGGCUCGGUGCGCUCAGCUACUCUUGGCAGCCGGGGCGGAUCCAAACAAAAAGGACAACUAUGGAGAUACAGCAUUGCACGACGCCAUAGGCAAAGAUUCGCUCCAGGUUAUCGAUUUGCUGUGUACAACCUCAGGUACUGAUUUCACCCUUCGUAACAAAAGAGGCUUUAACGUACUCCAUCAUGCCGCACUGAAAGGUAAAAACAUAGCCACAAGGAAACUGUUGCACUACGCCAGGCAAUUGGUGAACGUGAAAAAAGACGAUGGUUUUUCUGCCCUUCAUUUGGCCGCCCUAAACGGCCAUAAAGAAGUUGUGGACACGCUGGUUCGAGUCGGUCAAGCCGAUAUCAAUUUGAGGAAUAAUCGGAAUCAGACUGCGUUGUUGUUGGCAGUUAGUCAAGGUCACUGCGAUGUUAUAGAACUGCUAGUUCGCUUGAAAGCGGACAUCAACGCCACCGACGAAGAUGACGAUACAGCACUGCACAUGGUAUUAAUGAAACGUAGCCAUCUCGAUGAUGAAGUGAGCCAAAGUCAAAGUCCCGCUAUACACUCCAUAUAUGAAAAUAUUGAAGUAGCCGAACACAAAUUGGGUAUAGCUAUAGCAUGUUAUUUGAUACAAGAGUCCAUUAAUGUAGAGGCGAUAAAUAAUAAAGGCCAAAAAGCUUUGGAAUUUUUACAAGAUAUAACGCUACAAGAACUUUUGAAGAGUUACAUUCCAUCCAAUGACAAUAACGAUGCUCAAGUUCUUCCCAAUGUGGAAACUUUAUCGCUUAACGAAGCUAGAGUAGACAAUUACAAUUUGACUGAAAACGCGCCAAAAAAUAGUCCUGCCAAGCAUCCUCUAAUAGAAGAUCAAAAAAGUACAAGAAAAAGCCGAAAACUAGACAAAUCAAUAGACUUAGGAAGUACUUCACAAGAUAAUUCACCCACUCAUAAAAAUCAUCAUUAUCAAAACGAAGACAUGUUGAACAAUCCUAUAGAAUGUUUAGUAUGUUCAGAAGCCACAGACGAAAAUGUCAAACUAGAACCCUGCGGUCAUAAGCCAGCAUGUGAAGAUUGUUCGGCAAGAAUGAAAAAAUGCCUAAUUUGCUCUGAAUUUGUUCAAAAACGGGUAACUAAAGACGGAAGAAUCGUACCGGCGAAAAGCAGACAACCUAGCGCUGAACGUAUGCGUUAUCUAGAAAGCAAAAUUGCCGAAAUCGAAGAAAGUCACGCUUGCAGCAUUUGCAUGGAGCGCAAAAGAAACAUUGUCUUUCUUUGCGGUCACGGUACUUGCCAAAAAUGCGCAGACACUCUAAAAACUUGUCACAUGUGCCGGAAAACUAUAACCAAGAAGAUUCCUAUUUACUGAUAUUUUGUAUUGUUGUUUUAUGUAUUUAUACUCCCUCCACGCAGCAGGAUAUAAUUAUUAUGGAUAAAUUUAGGGCCUAGACGAAACUAAUUAUUUAUUUAGCAUGUUGUAAGGAAACUGUGAUUUAUGUACGUUUUUAAUUUUUACCAUUCCUAGAUGAUACUAUUUUAAUGGGAUACCAAUUUUUUUAAUAAAGGAAGUAAUUGUGUUUGAAUAUUUUAA